AUGAAGCUGUUAAAUACCUUUUCAUUUUUGCUACUAAUCGGAUUGGCCAUUGCCGCCCCAGCACCUGACAAAAGCAAGGAAAGCGAAGAGAGUAAAGAAAGCGUAGAAAGCAAAGAGAGUAGCGAAAAUGAAAAAAUCACUAUAACCAAAGAUUUUUUCCAUGAUUCCUUUAUAGUAUAUAGAGGUAAACAUGAAAUUGUAAAUAUCAUUGUUCCCCUAAACUCACUGAACUUUGAUGAUGAUGCUGAAGACGACGACACAAGUGACGAUAGCAACGCUACUUUAUUCUUCGUCGAAGCUGAUGAAGAUGCAGCUGGCAAUAGAAUUGACAAAGGCCUCUACAUCUUCAAAGACGGUAAAGCUAAGAAAUUAUUAGAUAACGGACGAGACGCUGCUGCUUCUUCUGAUGAUAGCAAAGACGUGUUCUUCGGUGCAAAAGACGGAAUUUACAAAUACGACCCGAAGGAAAACGCAGCCGUAAAAUACGGUACUGUUACAGACAGUAUUAUUGGUAUCGCUAAAGAAAACUCUACAGAUGUUAUUUACAUAUUAACUGAGGAUCACAAUCUGUACAAAGUCACUGAAGAUGGUCAGAAGAAAGUUAAAAUAGAUGAUGUUGUAGGUGCUCAGGAAAUAGUUUUGGAUUACUCUAACAAUUUAUAUUUCUAUGGUGAAAAUAAGCAACCGUACGUUGUAAAUGCUGACGGUGUGAAGAAAAUAGAGGGUUUACCUGAGAAUCCAACUUCCGUCAUACUUAUUAAGCCCCCUUUUGUUGUUGAAAAUGGAGUGCCUUUCAUAUGUGAUAACGUUGCGUAUAUUAUUUAUGCAAAUGGAAAAAGCGAAAAGACUGAAUUCGAUUUUAAAUCUAACGCUAAGCCAUCAGCUUAUGGUAUGGAGGCGACGCUAAUUCAGUACUACGCUUAUCAUAAGAAAAUUUACGAAUACAAUAUUCUUACUCUUGUCUUAUCAGGCAUUGUUGAUGAAUUGAAAAAUUUCUUAGAAAAUAAAGCGUCUACUAUUCAGUCAAUGGCGACACGAUCCAGAAGUUCCUUGAGGGCUCAUUAA